CUCGCCCUGCCUCCUCAGCUCCAGCUGCAGAGCGAAGCCAUGUUUUGAGUGACAGUGUGAUUGCACCUCUGAGGAAUGCAUCGUUUGUGGAUACUGCUGGUCGGGCUUGUCUUAUCGAGUUGCAGCACACUGCUGUCAGCGCGAACUGGCAAGAACAGACAGCGUUCAAAGACAAGGGAUGAACCUGUGGGCCCCCGGGAACAUGCUGGAGCAGAGGAAGCUGGAGUACGACAACCUGGAGGAGCUUCGGAGACUGACUUCUUGGCUGACUUUGCAGGGAAAAAGCGCUUAUGGGUGAUCACCGGCCCCUCACACAGUGAUAACUACUUACGCCUGAUGGAGAAACAGAUCCAGGAGUCUGAAGGGCUGAACUGUCGAUUAGCAGAGAGAGACACCCUCAUUGUGACCAUUAUUCAGAAUGCAAUGAUGGAAGGCAAAAUCCAACACACAACCAUGGACGGAAAGGCCACAGAGCAAGCACUGGAUUCAGACAUGGUGACAAAACUGCUUCAUUACCUUGAGCUAGGACACCAGACCUUCUCCAUGCUGAUCCUGAAGAAAAACCUGAAGGUUGGUGAGAGAUUUCCUUACCCAGUGCGUGUGGAGGCUGUUUUGGAGGUUAUCGAUAACCUUCCUGCACGCAAGCUAGAGAGACUUGCAAGGAAAGGGUCAUUUCAGAGAUGCAAGAUCACUAAGAAGAGGUUGGUAGUGAAACAGAAUGGUGGUAAGAAGAGAAGGAUCUUCAGCCCUCAGAAACAGGGAAAUGUGACUUCCAUCUUUCCUUCACAGCGACAAACUCUAGACAAAAAGGCAGCCAUCAGAAGCAAGGUUCAGGAUAUUCUCAGCGGACGCUACAGAUUUGUCAUCCACAGAGGCAAGGCGAUCUCGACUCCUAAAACUGGGGUGAACGAAGAGUUGAAACACAAGUUUGACAGUCGAACAGAAAGCACUGAAGAUGAUGGAGAAAAGGCAGCACUGAAAUUAGAGAAUAAAUAUGAUGAUAAAGGGAAUGGCAGAAUGAGUUCAAUCACAGAGAUUAAAGGUGAGCAAGCGGGUGUCCCAUCCAAACAGAAAGGCAAAGGAAAGAAGGAUAAGGAGAAGAAAAAGAAAAAGGGAAAACGAAGAGGAAAGAAGUCGCAACAAAAGGCAGACAAUAAAGAAAAAACAGCUCUCAAAGAGUUCAUGGAAAAGCUCAAGGGCCAAAGAAGACUUCUUGUAAUUUCUUCCCGCAGUGAGGUCUCCAGUCAGUAUAUCCAACAGAGAGAUGAUAAUGAGCUGCACAGCUGUGACUUGGCUUUACGGAAGAUUACAGUGCUGUCGAUCCUGGGUUCAGAGAAAAACCCCACACUUCGACUGCAACAUUAUCACCAAGAUGGAGAUCCUCGGCUUGCCUCUCUGCCAGACAACAUCAAAAAUCCUGACCUGAUCAGCCAAAUCCGCAAGGAGUAUGGGCUUGUAUCUAAGGAAUUCUCCAUGACGGUGACGGACUAUGACCUGAAACCUAAUCUUGAAAAGGUGUUUGAUACACCAACAGCCCCAUCAGCUAUUAUAAAUUAUAUCGACACCUUCCAGUCUCGAUGGUUGGAGAAAGCAGAGGAGAAGGACACUCCCUCACCCUGUUCUCCAUCAGAGGCUAAUUAUCAAGCAGAGAACUCCCUGUUCAGGUUUAUGUCCAAAAGAAGACUUUUGAUCAUAUCCGCUCCAACUGAGGAUGAUUAUUCCUUUCAUCAGCAGAUUCAAGCUAUUAAUGGACAGGAGUGUCACAUGGGGAUCCGUCAUUUUGCUUUGCUGAAACUUGUAGGAAAAGGACCAGAGGCUUCAGGGACUGUUGAGCUAUUUCCACUGAAUGGCAAAAGUCAGACUGAAAAAGAGCUGCUGUCUCCAGAAGUGGUCAGGAAUCUGAGAGACCAGCUGAAGAUCACCACAGAUUACUUCAGCAUGCUGGUUGUGGGGAAGGACGGAGAGGUCAAAGCCUGGUUUCCAACGGCAAUGUGGUCUUUAUCUAAUAUCUAUGACUUGGUGGACUCCAUGGAGUUACGUCAGCAGGAGCAGGAGCUUCAGCAGACCCUUGGUAUUCACUGCCCUGAAGAUAGUCAUGGUGUAGGGGGUGGUACUCACCAUGGAUAUACAAGAGAGGCAGAGAACAGCUAUCUGUAUCAUCGAUCAGAGGACUGAGGGUAGAAGCACAUUCAAAAACAUGCAAAUCUGAGAUGUCCACUGAUACCAUGAGGAAACACUAGGUAGCAAGUGGAAUGUUGUGAAAGUCCAUUUGAUUUUUGUGUAUACAACGUAUAUCCAUCGCAACAUUGAAAGUUACUGCUUGCUUCCAAGUUAUUCUAAGCUGUUUAUUCAAAACAUUCAGUAUAAAAAUCAGUUUUUCAUGAUUUCAUCUCUAAAACUGUUCUGCCUGAAAACCAUGUCAAGUAGAACUGUUAUAUGCUGCUGUCACAAUAUAUACUGUAUGUGUACCAACCAACUACUGUGUUGGAAAUUUGCAUUUGGUCUCAUCUCUGAAAACCACUUAUAACAUCCAGCUAGGUAGUACAUUUAUAUCACAUUUCUCAUUUGGAGAUAGGCGAAUGUUUAACAGCACAAAGUCUUAAGUAAGGAAUUAAACAUUAAAGAUGUGCUGUUAUAGAAAAAUAAUCAAUGAGAGGGGGUGGUAUGAUGAAGCAGAGUUACUGUUACCACCUCAAAAUUGAUUGCUUUUCUUAUAAUGCCACAUCCAGAAGAGUUUUAAUGCAUUAAUAUCAUAGCAAUUUGCAGAUGUCACCAACCUUUACAUUGUGAA